AUGGAUUCUCGCUGGCGCAUCGAGCCGGCGGAGGAAGCGCGCCAUCAGGAGGUGAUGGCUGGCCUGGGCGUGCACGGCGCCGAGUGGGCGUUGUGGAAGGUGCUGGAGGUGUCCGACGUCGACGCGGGGCAGAACCGGCUGCUGCUCCUCAGGGAUAUGGUGCGCGGCGGGCCGAUCCCCAAGCUCUUCCCGGAGCUGGAGGAGCUCGACGUUGACGGCCGCAACGCCGAGCGCACUGUGUCCUUCACCUUGCUCGAUGCGGAGGGUCGGGAGAAGGAGUUGAGCCUCCGCUACCUCAACUCCAACAAGGCGUACCGGGUCUUUGGGCCCGAGUGGAGGCGGUUCGUGAAGGACAGCGGCAUGUGCAAGGGCGACCGCGUCGACCUGUACGCGUGCAAGCGCGGGGACGAAGACCAGCGCUGCCUCUUCUUGUUCACGGGCAAGGGCGGCGGCGGUAGCGGCGGUAGCGCCUGGUGUACCAUUAAGCGCGCCCGGCAGCCUGCUGCUACGGCCGCCGCCGUUCGGGAUCACAAGAGGCGAGGAAAGAGCCGUCGUGCAGAAAGAGAAGAUCAUAUGCUUUACGUGAUGGACGACGGUGUCCACGGUGGUUUCCAGCGGGAUUACGGCUGUUGCAAGUCCCUCGAGAGGACAAGGAGGGAAGACAAAGCACCUCUUCGAUUGUGGAUAGAUUCCACUAAAGAGGAAAGAGAAGCUGCCAAGGGCCUCUUGAUGUUGAGAUAUGCUAUCUUGGCCAAGUAUUAUCGUUAG